AAGCCGAAAUCCCCCAAUUCCCCUCUCUCCCUCUUCUCUCUCUCUCCCUCCAUCGCCCCCCUCCCGCCCCGCACCCCAGCGCGAGAGAUUCCGAGGAGCGGCGCAAGGAGGCGGCGGAGAUGGAGUCGGAUCAGGGCAAGCUCUUCAUCGGCGGCAUCUCCUGGGAGACCACGGAGGAGAAGCUGCAGGAGCACUUCUCCAACUUCGGCGAGGUCUCACAGGCGGCCGUCAUGCGCGACAAGCUCACCGGCCGCCCGCGGGGCUUCGGCUUCGUAGUCUACGCCGACCCCGCUUCCGUCGAUGCCGCCCUCCAGGAGCCCCACACCCUCGACGGCCGCACGGUCGAUGUGAAGCGGGCGCUCUCGCGGGAGGAGCAGCAGGCUACCAAGGCGGUGAACCCUAGCGCAGGAAGGAACGCCGGAGGCGGAGGUGGUGGUGGCGGCGGCGGUGAUGCCGGCGGUGCCAGGACAAAGAAGAUCUUUGUGGGCGGGCUGCCCUCCAGUCUGACAGAUGAGGAGUUCCGGCAGUACUUCCAGACCUUCGGGGCUGUCACCGAUGUUGUGGUGAUGUAUGACCAGACAACACAGCGCCCCAGGGGUUUCGGCUUCAUUACCUUUGACUCAGAGGAUGCAGUUGACCGUGUGCUGCACAAGACCUUCCAUGAUCUUGGAGGGAAGAUGGUAGAGGUCAAGCGUGCUCUGCCCCGAGAGGCGAAUCCUGGCUCUGGCGGUGGCGGACGUUCCAUGGGAGGCGGGGGUUUUCAUAGCAACAAUGGGCCUAACUCCAAUGCUAGCAGCUAUGAUGGCAGAGGCGAUGCUGGCAGAUAUGGGCAGGCGCAACAAGGCAGUGGUGGCUACCCAGGUUAUGGUGCUGGAGCUUAUGGCAGUGCUCCAACUGGAUAUGGAUAUGGGCACACCAAUCCUGGAACUACAUAUGGAAACUAUGGGUCUGCAGGGUAUGGAGGUGUUCCUGCUGCGUAUGCUGGGGCUUAUGGCAAUCCAAGUGCCGCUGCUUCUGGUUACCAGGGUGGCCCUCCAGGCGCUAACAGAGGACCCUGGGGCAGUCAAGCUCCGUCUGGUUAUGGCACUGGGGGUUAUGCUGGCAAUGCAGGCUAUGGUGCAUGGAAUAGCUCUUCUGCUGGUGGGAAUGCACCCACUAGUCAGGCACCUGGUGCAGCUGCAGGUUAUGGAAACCAGGGCUAUGGUUAUGGUGGAUAUGGAGGAGAUGCAUCAUAUGGCAAUCAUGGAGGGUAUGGGGCUUAUGGGGGCCGGGGAGAUGGUGCUGGAAAUCCUGCUACUGGGGCAGCCUCUGGGUAUGGUGCUGCUGGAUAUGGAAGUGGGAAUGGAAACUCUGGAUAUCCAAAUGCGUGGGCUGAUCCUUCACAAGGCGGAGGAUUUGGUGGUUCAGUCAAUGGAGCUUCUGAGGGCCAAUCAAAUUAUGGCAGCGGUUAUGGUGGUAUGCAGCCUAGGGUUGCUCAGUAGAAGAGGCCGUUAUAAUGUUCAUGGUGUGAACCAGUGCAUUUGGGCAGCAUAUGUAUUAUUGCAGUAUUCUGGCUUUGCUCUCGUCUUCCUGAAGAGACCAUCCAUUCUGCCGGUUAAAUCAGUAUUUCUCCUGGUUGGAAUGCUUGAUCCUUUCGUGGCUUAACUAGAACUUAAGUCAAUAAGUAGCUAUUUUGUCGAGUAGCUGUAUCUUCAUAAUGCUUUAUUUAUGUUUAGCUUAUCCUUCGGUGUGCUUUGUCAUGAGUGGAGUUUCAGGUUGCUUCUUCUCUAGUUUAAAGCUAGAGUAGCUUCACUGCCUAUGGACCAAAUUAUCUAGUUGUAUCUCUAUUCUACAGAAUCAUAUAUUCGUGUUUGACUGUAGUA